AUGGUCGAACUACCAGAAGUCCACAAAGCAAACGCUACCCUCGUUCAAAGCCAGCCCUUGGUUGCUGUCUUUUUCGGGGGCACGUCAGGCAUCGGACAUCAAUCCCUACGUGCCCUAGCCGCUGCCGAAGCCGAACAUAAUGGAAAAGGACUUCACGCAUACAUCGUUGGUCGAAAUGCCACCGCCGCGGGAGAGGUUAUUGCUGAAUGCCGUGGUUUAUACCCACAAGGCCAAUAUAAAUUUCUCAAGAUCGAGGAUCUUUCUUUGAUCAAGAAUGUCGACCGUGUCUGCGCCGAGAUCAUCCAGAUGGAAGAAAAGGAGAGCUCGGAUCCCAGGAUUGACUACUUGAUGAUGUCUCAGGGUGGGUCAAUAUGGCUUCCAAGGACCGAGACAGAAGAAGGGCUUGAUGUGACCAUGUCUCUGAUGUACUACUCUAGAAUGAGGAUCAUCGUUCAAUUGCUUCCGUUACUCCUCAAAUCGACACUUCCUGCAAGAAUAGUCUCUGUCUACGCCGCCGGAUUCGAAGCAAAGUUCUACCCGGAGGAUCUCUCGCUUCGAGACUUGAAAAUCUACAGCUAUUCCCAGGCACGGUCACAUAUGAUCUACAUGCACACUUUGUUCAUGGAGACCCUUGCAGAGAAUCAUCCCGACAAACUUGCUCUGACGCACAUCUUCCCGGGCAUCGUCAUGGGACCAACCUUUUAUAGUUCCGAACAUCCGUUGUGGUUCAGGAUCGUGUUUCGCCUUCUCCAUCCCCUAUUGAGCAGAUUCAUCGCAGUACCCAGGCAGGAAAGUGGUGCGAGGAUGAUGAGUCUCGCUUCUUCUCGGUAUCCGGCUCGAGUUUCUGAGUCGUCGAAAUCUUACGCAAAAGGCAGUGUUGCUAUUGGCACAGAUGGGAAACCUGGUAGCGGUGCGUAUUCUCUCGGAUGGAAAGGGGAGAACAACCUCAAGUCUCAGGUUUAUGAGAAGUUCAACAAGGAUGAAAUGCGGAGGAAGGUUUGGGAUCAUACUGUUAAGGCUUUUGAGGUGAUUGAGGCGGGUGACAAGUUCAUCGAGUGA